AAUUAGCUAGCCCAGCAAAAGAAGGAAGAAGGAAGAAAAAAAAAGGGGCAAUUAUGAGAAAGCCUGAUCCUGCAAUGGGGAAAGAGAAAGCGAUCAAUAAUAACAAGAUGAAGCUAAGGAAGGGUUUGUGGUCGCCGGAGGAGGAUGAGAAGCUGAUCAAAUACAUGAUAACCAACGGACAAGGGUGUUGGAAGGAAGACCUCAUCAUUCACUUGCAUUCCAUUCUUGGCAACAGGUGGUCUCAAAUCGCUGCUCGUCUUCCAGGGAGGACAGACAAUGAAAUAAAGAAUUUCUGGAAUUCAGCCUUAAAGAAAAGGUUGAAGCAUAACAAUGCUUCCUCUACAUCCAUAUCUCCAAACAACAGCAAUUCAUCAGAGGCCUACAUAGGUUUAGGAGGGUUGCAGCUGCCCAUGCACGACCAAGAUCAUAAUAUCAUAGCCACAAUGUGCAUGGACUCAUCUAAUUCCUCAUCAUCAUGUGCAUCCACACAACCAAUGACUACUACUACCCAAUUCGUUGAUCCUUUCCCAGAUUUUCUGGACAUGACUACGUGUGGUCCUGGUAAUUACAAUUUCUUCACCAUGCCUUCCUACUGUUUAACACAAGUUGGUAUUUCAUCAGAAGGAUUAAUGUCAACAUUGGGGGAUUACGGGCCAUUGGAGGCAGGGAAAAUGGAGAUAGAAGCAGGGGAGUUUUCAACACUUCCUCCAUUGGAGAUCAGUAGUAUUGAAGAGAAGAAUAUUAAUAAUAUUGGUAUGACUAACAGCAUUGAUAUGAAAAGCAAUAGCACCCACUGUAAUAAUGGUUGCUUCAACAACACUCAAGUGGCGGGGGAUGUGUUUGGGUUAGAAAAUAAUUGGAAUAAUGGAGAAAACUUAAGAAUGGGAGAAUGGGAUUUAGAGGGUUUGAUGGGCAAUAUUAAUAUAUCUUCCUUUCCCUUGGUUGAUUUCCAUGUUGAAUAACAAACAAUAUUCAUAUGGACAUGGACCCCCCCCCCCUCUAGAGCUACCCACAUCCAGCUAUAUAUAGCUAGCUAUAGGAACUUAAUUUUUAGUUAGGCAUUAAUAUUCUUUUCCAAAAAUUACUUUGCUGCAUCUCUCUCUCAAAGACUCAAACGUCAAACCUGGCAUUGAUAUUUUUGGCUUUCCAUUUGGACCUCCUCCUCGGCUGGGUUGAGGUGCUUCAAUAAAUUUGAAGGUCUGCAUGGGUUGGUUGAAUAAAUAUGUGAGUACUCUAUAGCUAGAAGGCAAAGGUGGAGAUUGUUGAGUACUUGAAGGCAAGGCAAUUAUUCAAUAGAUUUGCGGGAAAAUUAAUUAAGGUUUUGUUACAAACUCAGUGUAGCUGGUCAUGGAUACUGAUCAAAUAAAGGAAUUAUAUUUCAUGUCAAGUAAAGUCUCAAAUGUAAU